CAAACCUGCAAUCGAGUCUCAGUUGCAAACUUCAAUUCUUUGAAAGCACAUUAAACUGCGCAUAAAAAUUGUUUUUUUAUUUAAAAAGUAUUCUCUAAACAACGACUAACAGUUUAAAAUGGAUAAGUGGCUGAAACCGUCAUUCGCCAAUCUAUUGGAGAACCAGAAGUUCUCAGAUUGCCACAUAUUGGUGGGAAACGAGUCUUUUAAUUGCCAUAAGCUUAUCUUAAGUAGUGCCUCAGAAUUUUAUGAACGAAUGUUCCUUAGCGAUUUCCAGGAAUCGAAAACUGCGGAAUUUCGUCUAAAUGACGUAAGCCCCGAUACCCUUAGAGUAUUUCUGGACUACGUUUACACCUAUAAUUUUGAAAAAUUAAAGACGAACCCAAACGAGAUGAUAUUAAAUCUCUUCGAGUGUGGAAGUAAGUGGCUUGUGGAGUCUAUUACAGCCGAUUGUGAGGCAGUCCUUAAAGAGAGGGCUCCCCAAAUGUCCAUUGGUAAUCUUGUCGAGACCUUUCAGGUUGCCCACAAUGCUGAACACAAGGCUAUUAUUAAAACUGUCACAUUUCAUUUACGCCGCUUAGCAGGCGGUAUGAAGUGCUAUGAUUCUCUAUUCCUCACAUCCGAUGCUUUUGAGGAGUAUAUUCGUAUAUGCGAUGAUAAAAUUCCUGAAGAAGAUCGCUUUAAGAUGAUUGAGGCCUACGUUACCAUUAAUGGACUGAUUGAUGUCGAAACCGCUGAUAGCGGUGUUAAUGGGACAAUUUUGGACGAAUUUAAAAUCUUAAAAGACGAUGACAAGCCAGGAUCUUCUAAGGAGAUUUCCGUUGUCGAGAACAAAGCAGCAGUUUCUUUACCGGAUAAGAAUUGUAUUGAGUCUUCGGCUGGGGACAACAAAGAUAUAAAAUUGAAAAAACUUCACUUAACUUAUGUUAAGACAUUGCUGAACUACAUUCAUUUCGAACAGAUGGGUAAGACUACAUUUUACAAUGUGGUUGGAAAAUCACGUUUACUGACUUAUGAAGAAAAAUUUGAAAAAAUGUUCCUAACAAAGUAAACUUUUAAAAAAAACGCAUUAACUCAGAUUGUCAUUAUUUCUUAUCAGUGAUAUGAUAAGUUAUCACAUGUAAUAUACACAUAACGUGUCAUUCAUAAAACUUUGUAAUAAAUAUUUCGAGAAUAUG